CAGUUCCGCUCUCCGCCCGUCAGUUGUGGGAUAGGCAGACCGUCGGAACUUUGUGGGAGAUGGGCUAAAAGUCCAGCACUGGCAGACCGAACACUGCUGCACAGGAGUUUCACAGCUGCUUAUAAGUGUGGUAAUGCUUAGUUUCAGAAAUGCCGUACGUAGAUCGUCAGAAUCGGAUCUGUGGCUUUCUAGACAUAGAGGAAUUGGAGAGCAGCGGCAAGUUUUUACGACGCUACUUCAUUCUGGACACCCUGGAGGGCAGCCUGGUGUGGUACAUGGAUAACCCUCAGAAUCUUCCAGAAGGAACAUCCUAUGUCGGCUCCCUCAAACUAUCAUAUAUAUCCAAGGUUAGCGAUGCCACCAAAUUGCGGCCAAAGGCGGAGUUCUGCUUUGUCAUCAACGCUGGAAUGAGGAAGUUUUACUUGCAGGCGAAUGACAAGCAGGAUUUAGUGGAGUGGGUCAGUGCGCUCAACAACGCCACCAAAAUCACAGUGCCAAAGUCAGGUGAGCAGGUGGCCCAUAAUACAGCAGAGGCAUGUGUGGACACAUCGGGUGCCACGAAACAAGUGUCCUACAAGACCGAAAUCAUUGCAGGAGUGCCCAUCAUCACCACCACACAGGAAAAGGGGGAAGGUCAGAAUGGUGCAGACAAGAGCGGGAUGAGGAAACCUCCUGGUCAGCUGCCGUUUUACCUGAGCCGGAGUAACCAAGACCAGUCGGUCAUUAAAGCUGGAUAUUGUGUCAAACAGGGAGCUGUGAUGAAAAACUGGAAAAGGAGAUACUUCUUGCUGGAUGACAAUGCACUAAGCUACUUCAAAUCAGACAUGGAGCGGGACCCAUUACGAGUUAUUCCUCUGAAAGAAGUGAACAAGGUGCAGGAGUGUAAACAAAGUGACUUGAUGAUGAGGGACAAUCUUUUUGAACUGGUUACUACCUCAAGAACUUUCUACUUUCAGUCGGACAGCCCAGACGAGAUGCACGGCUGGAUCAAGGCUAUCUCUGGGGCCAUAGUGGCCCAACGGGGUCCUGGACGCUCAGCAGCCUCAAUGCGUCAGGCCAGGCGGCUCUCAAACCCUUGUAUACAGAGGUAUACAUCCUGCAAUGGUGAAUGCAGCACGAGCAUGCUGAACCCACCUCCGUCUUCUACUACAACGAACAGAUUCUCUCAACUCCUUGCUCACCCCUCCCCACCGAACUCCAUUACCCAGAAUGCCGUUCACCCUCGGGCUCUCAGCAUGGCAUGGGAGGGGCCAGACCUGAAAAGCCUGUGCCCGGGGCCACGAGCGCGCCUGUCGCUGCAGGAGUCGCCCCAAAUCUUCUUCAAGUAAAUGCUAACAACUCGUCACCAUGGCAAAUGAGAAUCGGCGUAACACAGCCUCCGGAUAUCCGACAAGAUGAAGACCUGCAUGUUACCCAGGUGUAACGAUGUACUUGGUAUAUAGCACACACACAUUAAAACAAACUGUUAACGCUAAAGGCAGGACAGGGACUCGGGAUGAAUGUGAAUCGGGCCCAGUGCACCAUGGGAUAUGGAGUUUUCCCCAAUCAAGCCUCUUAAAAAACUGCAACAAGUUCAAACCAGAAAAUUCAUUGAGACACCAAAAAGUUGCUGUUACCAACAGUCGAUUAUUUUCCUGUUACGACCAAAAACCGAUAUUACAGUUAAUAUUAUAAACCUAUUGUGGGUUUUUUUUCCUGUUUUUAAAUCUAAAAUACCAUGUACAUGAACUGAAUUUAGUGGAAUCGGGCAUCAAAACACUUGAUGUACAGUCAAAAACUGGAAAUAUAUAUUGUUUAAAUAAAAAGUAUUUAUUUUUAUUUAAAAAUACAGAUAUAUAAUAAAAAUAACUUAAUAUUAAAACAGUAGUUUCCAGUAUUGACCUAAUCAAACUGAUACUGAUAAAACAAAUUAUAUGCUACAUAUUGCUGAUACCAAUAAGGCCACUGAAAUCCUUGAACACAUAAAUUCUGGUUUGUUUCAUUUGAAUUAAUCUGGUGCUUUUACAUCAUUUUUUGGGGUACAGUUAGACUUUUGUCCUACAGUAACAUAUUCCUUUAGAUGCCAUUGGGCCUUGGUUGUCUUGUUUUUCAUUGGUAACUGAAUUUCGUUAUCUUUUUCUUUUUUUGGAAUGAUUUAUGUAUAAAUUGAAUUGGUCUUUGUGUUUGACCACAACAAGCUUCUACUGAUAUGUUUUGUAUUGCUGUAGAGAGAAUGACUUUUGUGUUGUUAUAUUUCAGUGUAAAACACACCGCCACUCUUUAUGGUCUGUUUCUGAUUCACCAUGAGGCAGUUCUCUUUUGGGAGCAAGACUCUAUUUAGUGGCACUUCUGUUUGUCAGAUGCAUGUGAACGUAUGACUCUGUAUUUCUACAUAUAUAUAAAAAAACAAAAAAAAAACACUCCAGACAUUUGUUAACUUAGACUUUACAAAAAGGUUCAAUUUGUUAACAUUAGUUAAUUCUAGAGCUGCCCUCGACUAACGAUUUUUCUGGUCGACUAGUGGUCGUUAAUUUUAAGCAUUAGUCGACUAAUCGCACGUUUAUUAAUAAACCAUUUAAAUCAUUAUAAUGAGCCUUUAAUAGCCUACAUAGCCUAAUAAGCACUCAAGCACACCACAUAAAGCUUGCCACAGCGCACCGGCAGAAGUAAUGAUUAUGAAUGUGUUAGUAAAAAACAGUAAGGAGACUGCAUUAACAUUUGAAUAAUUCACUGAUAAACUAGUGCUUUUUUGUUUUCGGUUUAAGAGAUUAAGUCAGCCACACUGACUCGUCAUCUCCGCAGUAGUGGAUGUGCCUGUAUGCAUGUUUCAUACGGAUUACAUAAUCUGAGAAUAUUAGUCUUCCAUUUGAAUUGGUUUAUUUGAAAGUAGACAUUUCACUCUCUAUAGAUAUAUUUUUAAUGUAAGGCAAAGAUAUACACAGAGUUUUGUGCUCAAGUUCACAGAGACCGAGACGGCAGAAAGCGCAUCCUGAUUGUUUUCAUUAUUUUACAAAAGCGCAAUGUUUUGUUAAUAUUGUGAGUGCACACAAAAAACGUAGAGUCUUUACAGACUCAAAAGAUGUAUUACUCUUAUCUGAAUGAGCAAAAAUGAGAGAGUAUUUUAUGAGCAAGUGAGCGCACCGGCGCCUCCAUCUGUCCUGCAGUGAGCUACUGUUCAGCUUCCACACUUACACGCACAGACACUUCAAUAGCGCACAUAUUUCUAGGUUAACAUUAGAUUGAGUGGCCAUGUAAAGUUGCUGCUACUUACAUAUUUUAGAUGAUAAGCCAUAUUUAAGGUCAAUGAAUGAUAGGCGAGCGAUUGGAUGUCCUGCCUGAUAUACUACCACAUAGACCAGCCGUUAACGAUCUGCGUGACUUCGCCAGUGUGAAUUUUGUUAUUUUUCGGCAACUAAUAAAAUUUCAGUCGACCAAGCCUCUUCUGGUCGACUAGCGAUUAGUCGACUAUUAGGGGGCAGCCCUAGUUAAUUAAUUAUGUGGGCUAUCGUGAACUUAAGAUGAAUAGUAAUGUUCCACAAUUAUGACAAUUAAUAUUUGUAUUAAUAUACAAACUUUUUUUUAAUAAUGUUAAUUCAAUGAAUGUUUGUACUUGAAAUGUUUUCAGCAUAUAACAAAUAUAUUAGUAUAUGUAGAAGAACAUUAACACUGUGAGUAUUGUUUAUUGUUAGUUCAUGACACCUAAUGCAUUACAUAAUGUUAAUUAAUUGAACCUAAAGUGUUACCAACAAAGCACAGGCAUCCACUAAACACUGUUGAAUGGACCCUUUUCACAGACUUGUAUUUUAUAAGAUUGAAAAUCUAGCCAAGUUAUUUUUUAAAUUAUUAUUAUUAUUGUUUUUAUAUAUAUAUAUAUAUAUAUAUAUAUAUUCUCUCUCUCUCUCUUUAAAUUACAAUGUACUUUUGUGCAAAAUGUACAUAACACUACUACUUUGUUUUAUGUUACCUUGCCAAUGUCAGUGUAAUUGCACAUAAGGAAGAGGUCAAUUUGACAUACAGUAUUUCUCUCUACUGACUGCUGUAAUCAGUCUCUCUAUAUUUUUAUCCUGUUUUGUGAAGUUAUAGAAAUGCUCUUUUGCUACUGAAGCAAAUGGUAACACAAAUAUGUGAAAAGGGUCCAUAUGUUAGUAUUAGUGUGAAUGCAAACAGAGUCAGUGACCCCAAUGAUAAAUACUGUAUGUUGUUUUAUUGUGGAUUCAGACACUGCAACAUGUUUUUUCAUGUGUAAUGUAUGUAGUUGUUGGCUGGAAAAAAAUUAUAAAUUUUUGAAAUUAAUCAAAAUAAU